AUGUCUUCUCUUAUCAAUUUUGUCUUUCUUCUCUUUUGUCAACUGCCAUUUGUUAAUCUCUUCAAUUUGGACACAGAAUAUCCUAUUUAUAAAUUUGGUUCGCCUAAUUCGUGGUUUGGAUUUUCUGUAGCUGCCCAUUUUCGGAGUGAUGGUCCGAGCAUCCUUGUCGGCGCUCCAAAAUGGACUUCAGGUCAACCAGGAACUUUAAAAUCUGGAGCAGUCUAUGCCUGCAAACCAGACUCUUCCAAUGGAAAUCAAUGCCAACUUCUUUCAAUUGAGUACCUAAAUUUACAAGAUGCCAAAAAACCUCCAAAUUUGUUGCAUGGUAAACAUUUACACGCUGAAGGAAAGAAUGGACAAUUGUUGGGAUUUUCUGUCUAUAGUAGUGGAAUGAGGGAAGAGGAAAGCAGUAAAGCUUUGGUUUGUGCUCCCCUUUUGCGGUGGGGACAAAAUGCUUAUACUGACGGUUUGUUAAAUUUUUUGUGGGGGGUUUUAUGGGUUUUCUCCAUUUUAAUGGGUUUCUCUCCAAUUAUGUUCUUUCCAAAAAAUCUAUUUUUUAACUACGCAAAAAUUUCUUCAAUACGCAAAUUCUGUCCGCAAAAAUUGUCCGCAUAA